AUGGCCUCAUCAAUGGCGUUGAGGAGGUUUGCUGCCAAGCCUACUUUCUCACAGGCGCGCGCAUUCUCCACGACCAGAUCCGCCGCGCGGAUUUACGCGAACCAGCACCUCCGCGCAAAGGAGGCUUCCCCCUACCUUUCUAGCAAGUACCCCGUCGUCGACCAUGAGUACGAUGCCAUUGUUGUCGGUGCCGGUGGUGCUGGUCUGCGUGCCGCGUUCGGUCUCGCAGAGGCUGGCUUCAACACUGCCUGUAUUUCAAAGCUUUUCCCUACCAGAAGUCACACUGUCGCCGCUCAGGGUGGCAUCAACGCCGCUCUCGGAAACAUGCACGAGGACGACUGGAGAUGGCACAUGUACGAUACCGUCAAGGGUUCAGAUUGGCUCGGUGACCAGGACGCUAUUCACUACAUGACCCGUGAGGCGCCCGCCUCCAUUGUCGAGCUCGAGAACUACGGAUGCCCCUUCUCCAGAACCGAGGAUGGCAAGAUUUACCAGCGUGCUUUCGGUGGUCAGUCCCAGAAGUUCGGCAAGGGUGGACAGGCUUACAGAUGCUGCGCUGCUGAGGAUCGUACCGGUCACGCUCUUCUCCACACUCUUUAUGGACAGUCUCUCCGUCACAACACCAACUACUUCAUCGAAUUUUUCGCUCUCGACCUCAUUAUGCAGGAUGGCGAGUGCCGCGGUGUCGUCGCCUACAACCAGGAGGACGGCACUCUGCACCGUUUCCUUGCUAACCACACCGUCUUGGCUACUGGCGGAUACGGACGUGCCUACUUCUCUUGCACAUCUGCCCACACCUGCACUGGUGACGGUAUGGCCAUGGUUGCUCGUGCUGGUCUUCCUAACCAGGAUCUGGAGUUCGUCCAAUUCCACCCCACUGGUAUCUACGGCGCUGGCUGCUUGAUCACUGAGGGAGCUCGUGGUGAGGGUGGUUACCUUCUGAACUCCGAGGGUGAGCGCUUCAUGGAGCGUUACGCCCCCACCGCCAAGGAUCUUGCUUCCCGUGACGUCGUCUCCCGUUCCAUGACCAUGGAGAUUCGCGAGGGACGUGGUGUGGGUGAGGAGAAGGAUCACAUUUUCCUGCAGCUCAGCCAUCUGCCCGCCGAGGUCCUCCACGAGCGUCUGCCCGGUAUCUCCGAGACAGCCGGCAUUUUCGCCGGUGUCGACGUCCGCACUCAGCCUAUUCCCGUUCUGCCCACCGUCCACUACAACAUGGGUGGUAUCCCUACCAAGUACACCGGUGAGGUUAUCACUGUUGACGAGUCCGGCAACGACAAGGUCGUCCCUGGUCUGUUCGCCUGCGGUGAGGCCGCCUGUGUCUCCGUCCACGGUGCCAACCGUCUGGGUGCCAACUCUCUUCUCGACUUGGUCGUCUUCGGCCGUGCCGUUUCCCACACCAUCCGUGACAAGUUCACCCCUGGUACCAAGCACAAGCCUUUGGCUGCUGAUGCUGGUGCUGAGGCCAUUGAGACUCUGGAUGACGUUCGCACGCGCGAGGGUAGCAGAACCACCUCCGACGUUCGUCUGUCUAUGCAGAAGGCUAUGCAGACUGAGGUCAGCGUUUUCAGAACACAGGAGUCUCUGGACGAGGGUGUUCGCAAGAUGACCGAGAUUGACGCUCAGUUCCCUGAUGUUUCCAUCAAGGAUAAGAGCAUGAUCUGGAACUCUGACUUAGUUGAGACCCUUGAGCUCCGCAACCUGUUAACCUGCGCUUCCCAAACCGCCACUUCCGCCGCCGCCCGUAAGGAGUCCCGUGGUGCUCACGCUCGCGAGGACUUCCCCGACCGUGACGACGUCAACUGGAUGAAGCACACCCUUUCCUUCCAAAAGAGCCCACACGGCAAGGUCGACCUCGGCUACCGUGGCGUCAUUGCCAACACUCUGGACGAGAACGAGUGCAAGGCUGUUCCUCCCUUCAAGCGUGUGUACUAA